AACGCGUCACCGCUUGUUUGUCUUCCGACCUGGUUUGACGUUAGCUUUGUUUCCACUCGCGCUAUUGACAGUUAUUAUCACGUAUGAUGCGUUAUAACCGGCGUUAUUGAUUCGAAAAUGUCCGAAGGGCAGUCGAAGACAAGUUAAUGCCAAUAAUAACAGUAUUCACCGCAUGUCAGGAUGAAUUGGAUUUUCCCGCUGUCUAAGGGCUCUGGAGCGAUCCCGGCUCCGAACAGUUUACAGAAACAGAGACAGCGGCAGAUCGAGUCGCUUAAAGCUGCGCACUCUACCAUCGCAGAGAUCCAGAAAGAUGUGGAGUACCGAAUUCCUUUCACCGUCAACAACUCCACCAUCAGCGUCAACAUAUUGCUUCCACCACAGUUUCCUCAAGAGAAGCCUGUGGUCACUGUGUAUCCUCCCGUGGGUCAUCAUUUAGUGGAUGGGAACAACGGCACCGUGGUCACCAGCCCCCUCAUCACCAACUUCGGGAUGCACUCGGAUCUCGGGAAGGUAAUCCAGAGCUUGCUGGAUGAGUUCUGGAAGAGUCCGCCAGUCCUGAUGUCCGGCACUCCGUCCUUCCCUUACAUGUACAAGCCACCGUAUCCUGCGCAGAACUUUCAUUUCGUCUCCACCUUCCCGAGCCAGGACCCCCAGAGGCACAUUGUCCCCGCCCCUCUCCCACCGGCCCCGGGGUCAGAGAUGCAGCAGGUUCAGAACCGUCCUCCGGCACCGACGUACGGACUGAUCACGGACCUCCCACUGCCCGUCCCCAUGGCCGACUCACAGACCGGACUAAAUGGUCACAUCUACAAAAUGCCCGAAAUCCCCGACUCGUUUCCAGAACUUUCCGAGAUAAGUGUGUCUCAGCUGAAGGACAUGAGCGAUAAUGAAGACAUCUUGCUGGAGUAUUUUGCGUGUCUGCCUCAGCUCAAGCAGGUCUCCAGCGAUAAAGAAGAUCUGGUGAACACCAUCGUCACUGUGGCCAAGAAGAACUUGCAGCUGGAGCCUCAGCUGGAAGGAAAGAGACAAGAGAUGCUGUACAAAUAUGAGCAGCUGACCCAGAUGAAGUCAGCGUUCCAGACCAAAAUGCAGAGACAGCAUGAGCUCAGUGAGAGCUGCAGUCUGAGUGCCCUACAGGCGAGGUUAAAGGUCGCGGCCCAUCAGGCGGAGGAGGAGUCCGAGGAGACGGCCGAGAACUUUCUGGAAGGAAAGACUGAGAUCGAUGACUUCCUCACCAGCUUCAUGGAGAAGAGGACGCUUUGUCACAGCAGAAGAGCUAAAGAAGAAAAGCUACAGCAGUCCAUCAGCGUGCACGGACACUUCCCCUCCGCACACUAGACUCACUACUGGUUUCGGUACUAAAGCAGAACGCUCAGCCUCAUGACGAACCCUCACCAUGGCAGAUCCAGACUCCUACAGCAGCGAGCGACUGGAGCUCUGGAGCUUUUCACCAUCAGCCUUGGAGCAGAGCGCGAGCUGUUGCUGAUCUUCCUGCCGGUGUUCUCGGAGUGCUCGGUGUUCUGGAUGAGCUUCAGUGAGGCUGUAGCACGUGGUGUUCUUCACCUGGUGUUCUUCAGAGUAUUAGGCAGCCUUUUUUGCGUUCUCAUUAGCACACUUCGAAUACUGACGAUGGAUUUCUUUCGGUUCGGACCUUUUCUUGCACUCGAGAAUCUGAAAUUUUUUGCCGACGCUGCCAGACGCCACAAAAAUACUGUAUUUAAUAAUGUUGAUAAUAGGCUUUAUUAUAAUCAGACAUUGUAUUAUAAGUUUAUUUAAUUUGAUAGGCUAAUAAAAUAUUUCCACUAA